CACAUUCCUCCGAGGAUUGUGGCCGGGGGUUAGCAGCGAUUAGGUUCUUUAUGCUUUUUCACGUGAGACCUCCUUUAUUAUAAGACAGUUUGUAGGAAGGAGGUGAUUUGACACCCGGGGAGGAAAGGAGCCGCAGGGCUGAACUUGCUGACAUGGGGACACACACAUUACCAGAGGGAUUCUCGGAGUUUGAUAUGUUUGCAUUCGGCUCUGCUCUUCUUGUUGGGGGCUUGCUUGGAUUCUUCCUCAAUGCCAUCAGCAUCCUGGCCUUCCUCAAAGUGAAGGAGAUGAGGAAUCCCAGUAACUUCCUGGUGUUCAAUCUGGCAUUGGCCGACAUCAGUUUGAAUCUAAAUGGACUCACAGCUGCUUAUGCAAGUUAUCUCAGGUACUGGCCGUUUGGUCAAAGUGGUUGUGAUUACCAUGCUUUCCAGGGGAUGAUAUCAGUUCUGGCCUCUAUCAGCUUCAUGGCUGCCAUAGCUUGGGACCGAUAUCACCAGUACUGCACCAGACAAAAGCUUUUCUGGAGCACAACCCUGACGAUAACCAGCCUCAUCUGGAUUCUCUCCAUCUUCUGGUCCGCUCUUCCACUCAUGGGAUGGGGCGUGUACGACUUUGAACCCAUGAAGACGUGCUGCACGCUGGACUACACCAGAGGGGACAGGGACUAUAUCACCUACAUGCUGAGUCUGGUGCUGCUGUACCUGCUGUUCCCAGCUUUCACUGCCAUGUCAUGUUAUGAUGGCAUCUACAGACAGUUCAAGAAGGUUCAUCAUCACAGGUUCAACACCAGUUUGCCCUUGAGAGUGUUGCUUAUGUGCUGGGGUCCCUACAUCGUCAUGUGUGUCUACGCCUGCUUCGACAACGUGAAACUCGUCUCUCCAAAGCUGCGAAUGCUGCUUCCAGUUAUUGCAAAGACAAACCCCUUCUUCAACGCUCUCCUCUAUUCAUUUGGAAAUGAGUUCUACCGAGGCGGCAUUUGGAACUUCCUCACUGGACAGAAGAUCGUCCAACCAGACGUCAAGAAGUCAAAAUGAAAAUGAACCUCAAAGUUCUGACAAGCAACAAGACCAUCCUCAGCUUUUAUCAUAGGUUCUUCCUGUUUCCACACUAAGAUGUUUCAAACCAAACGUUGUAGUAUCAUUUACAGUAGAUGUUAGUUCCUGGACAGUGUUUCUGUUUGCAGCACCUCAUGCUGGAUCAGUGCAGAUGAAGCUGAUUCUUCCAGCUUGUCUUCAUGCUGGACAUCUCCUUCGUACCGAUUUAACUCAGUAAAGAAACGCUGCUGCUUGUCUGCUGAGUGCUCUGUCUUAAAGCUGAUGAUGUAACUUGUGUCUAAGAGGAGGAAGUGUUUACUCUUAAGACUGUAUUAUGCAAUUACACCUGAGGCAAACUGAACAUAAUCACUUUUCAAGGUCCAGUAACUGAUUAACAGAUUCUCAAAACUAAGAACAAAUCAUUUUAGUGUAGUCUGUGUAAAAUCUCACUUUAAAAAUCUAUCUCAAGUUAAUUUUGAGACUUUUUUUAUUACAAUUUUACAUUUUUGAUCAUGAGAAUGUGUAUAAAUGGUGGACCACUAGUCUAGUGAGAGUUUGGGAUAAAAAUCAUGGAACAUAAAACCAGUGUGGGGGAUUAAAUCUCAGCUGACUUGGCUCUGAAAUA